ACUUAAAUCAUUGCUAAGGGCAACGGGCGAUCUUUCAAUUCCGUUGUGUAAAUUUUUAAAAAUUUUAAAUACUGCGAAUUAACGAGCUUUGGAGUUGUCUUGGAAAAGGCACCACUAUCCCCCCACUUGCACAUAGAAGUUAUUUGGUUUAGAGCGACGAAAUUAAGCAAGAAAGAAACGUUGAAUACUUGCAAAGAUGGCUCAGAAACCUCAGAUCUGCGUUAUCGGAUCCCUCAAUAUCGACUUUGUCACAUAUGCCCGACGCUGCCCCGGACCGGGAGAGACACUGACAGGCUCCUCCCUUUCGAUCGAUGCAGGCGGGAAAGGCGCCAAUCAAGCGGUAGCAUGCGCUCGAGCGGGUUUCAUUACUGAGACUCAGCAAGACGUGGCCGUGAAAAUGAUCGGAGCGGUCGGUGCAGAGGAUCCCUAUUAUUCCUCAUUGCUGCGGCCCGCAUUGGAAAAGUCAGGGGUGGACACGACGGGCAUCGAGCAAAAGGCAGGGUGUCAAACGGGCUCGGCGACUAUCAUCGUGGAAGAAGGGGAGAAUGGAGAGAAUCGCAUUGUUGUUGUUCCCGGGGCGAAUCAUGAUGGAAUGAGCGAUGUUGAUAAAAUCCUUGCACUUGUCCAGACCCAGUGUCCCGCUUCUCCGCAAGUUGUGGUCCUACAGGGAGAGAUUCCGAGAUCGACGGUGGUGGGCUUAAUGCAACAUUAUAAUGAUCCUAAAAACCCGACCAACGUUGUCCUGAACAUUGCACCGGUGUAUCCGGAUGGCAUCCCGCUCAACGCCUUGGCUGGUACAGCCGUGUUGAUCAUGAAUGAAACAGAGACUAUUCAGAUGGCAGAGUCUAUCCCGAAUUUUCCGGCGAUAUCUCAAACCGAAGCCGAUUUGCAACCGGAGCUGCUAGCCCCGCUUUUCCACCAGGUGGCGAAGAUCCCCAUCGUUCUGAUUACACUGGGUGCAAAGGGAGUGUUCUUCUCAACGGCCACGGGUCGCCAUGGAUUUGUGCAGGGUGUGCGCGUCAAGAAUGUGGUGGACACUACAGCCGCUGGAGACACCUUUGUUGGCUACUUCUCGGCAGCGUUUGCGAAAUAUGCCGCCACGGGACAAACCCUCGAGCACUUCGACGCUUUAAUUGAGUCGGCCGUACAGGAGGCGAAUCAAGCAGCGGCGAUGUGUGUGCAGAGGAAGGGCGCGAUUGAGAGUAUUCCGUUUGCGUACGAAAUCAGAGACCAUCAAUGAUGCUGAGCAGCACGAGGGAUGAUAAUGAAUCCGGCCUACAUUAGCCCACUGUGUCUUCAUCAUAUUGUGAAAUGUCCCAGCCAGAUCGCAGGGUAUCGAUCUCGCAAUCUAACUUUAUUCCAGUGGCCAUAGUGAUAUUGCCUAGCUGCUUAAGCAAGAUCGAUUGCUGUGAUGCGUGGGUCAUCUCAGGUGCUACAGUGAGGAGGCUAACAAUCAGAAUGGGAUCCCAUUGCUCUUUGAAAUCGUUGCUUGCAGCGAGCCCCGCAAUAGCCUGAGCGUGCCAGAGCCGGGAAGCGAAACGUCUCGGGCCUGCCAGUUGUUUCAGCAGCCUUGGUUUGUGAUUAAGUAGGAGGAAUGAUGAGAUAUGGUAUACGGUAUUGGCGAGAAGUGCAAGAGGUGUCGUGUAAAU